UCAUCUCGCGAGAAGUGAGUAGAGAGGUCAACGUGGCUUUCGGGCUGAAACGCAAAUAAGGGAAAGAAUCUGCACACUUUUACAGAUAUAUCACAAAUUAAUGACUGUGAUCGAAAGUCAUGCAUGAUCAGUCAGACAUACCAACAGCUUGUCAGCGACCAUGGCGGAGAGCGUUUCCUCUGGUGAAUUCUCGAGCUCUCUGACGAACUCUGCGGGGCUACCUCCGCCGAGGACUCGAAUCUUCAAAAUCAUCGUCAUUGGGGACUCGGGGGUUGGGAAGACGUGCCUGACCUACCGCUUCUGCGCCGGAAAGUUCCCCGAGAAAACCGAGGCCACGAUCGGGGUGGACUUCAGGGAGAGGCUGGUGGAUAUUGACGGCGAGAAGCUCAAGAUCCAGCUAUGGGACACAGCAGGCCAGGAGCGCUUCAGGAAGUCUAUGGUGCAACACUACUACCGCAAUGUGCAUGCUGUCGUCUUUGUCUAUGAUGUUACCAACGCUGCCAGCUUCCGCAGCCUCCCGGCCUGGAUCGAGGAGUGUAAGCAGCACGCGCUAGGCACAGAAGUGCCGAGGAUCCUCGUUGGAAACAAGUGCGACCUACGAGACUCAGUCCAAGUAGGAACAGAUGUGGCGCAGCAGUUCGCUGACUCCCACUCUAUGCCUUUGUUUGAGACCUCUGCUAAGAACCCAAAUAGCCAGGGCGGCAUGAGCUCUGGCAAUAGUGACCAUGUUGAGGCUAUUUUCAUGACGGUGGCUCACAAGCUCAAGUCUCAAAAGCCUCUGGUGUUGAGCCAGCUUCCUGUGGGAUCAGGAGGCAGCAUCAACUUGAGCAGCAGCAGGGAGGAUGGCACCGAUGGGUCGCGGGGCUGGGCCUGCAGCAGCUGCUGAUUUUUGGAGGUACCAGACCAAUGGUUCAUGAGGAUACACAAACUGAUUUGCAGCUACAAAGAAACGACAGUCGUACAUGCUUGUGCUUAUAUUCGUCAAUGACUGUGAAGUAUUGGCUGGGUCGCAGGCAGAUUACCGUGUUGGAAUGAAAAUGAGAUGGUGCACCUGUAUGAUCAUAAAUCACUUCAUCUGUGGCGUGUGCUCUUUGCAAACAAUAAUUACUGUAGCUUUAAUACCGAAUUUGAAAUUCACCUGGAUUUGUUACAACAAUGUUUGAAAUGUGAAAUCUAAGCAUGAUAAAAUGUCAGCCGCAUUUACUCAGUUUUUCUAACAAUACAAUACUUACUAAGUUCUUGAGAACUUACCACUAGAUAUUUGGCAAUACGUUGCUCUAACAGUACGUGCUAUCACAUUCAAACGGUCAGUCACAACUGUGCAACCUGCAACAUGUGAUGCGACGAUUCUUUUGAACUGAGAUUGAAGGACACACCUGCAAGAAUGACAUUAGUAAAAACACCUUUACAGUAUUAGUCACAGACUUUCGCUAUUCGCGGGUCGGCCCAGUCCCUAUCCCCUGCGUGUAGCGGGGAUCCACUGUAUAGGAUUUCUGCAUGUAUGUGUCAAUUUGAUGUCGUAUAUGUAUAGGGGUACAACCAACAAUUUUAGUAAAUGAUUAAUCAAUGAAUCAGAUUUUUUCAAAAUUCACAUCCCUUUAUUUAAAACCAAACAAACAUGACAUUUCAAAUUGACUGCAGUAAAUGCACAAUGAAACAAACAUUCAGUCACCGGUUUGGAGACAAAUCAGUAAAAAAUGUUCCAGAUUGUUUUCCAAAGUAUAAUCAAGUUUUAUUUUGAUUCCACUCAAAAAUAACACGAGGGAGCACAAUUUUUGUUGCGUUCGGUCUGACAGCUGUUUUCAACUAAUGCAAAACGGAAGAGAGCUUGUCUUUUCUUUAUUGCGUCAAGUUUUUGAGCUUUAGGAUCCCUGUUUUCUAUUAAGUAAGUGUAUUUGUAUAUGUAUAAACCAUUAAGAUGGAAACGAUAAAAAAAAAUCAGCAUAAAACACGCUAUGCCUAUGGUGACAGGGUUAAGAGAAAAGUCAGCGGUAAUCCUCUUAAUUUCUACUUUGCUAGCUUUCUGUUUGCAGGUAUUGAUAAUAUUGACCUAUUGGGAGCUACACCUCCCUAUUACGUAUUGCGACUGCACAAACAAGUUGCCACAUAGCUGAAGAUGAGCCAUAAUAAUAAUAUCCUGGCAAGUCUUACUACAGUUAAUCUGUGGAAAUUUGUUUUUAUGUUGUGGGGGAAAAAACGGACGGAAAUGGCUGACUCUGAUUUUGGAAUCAUCUUGCCGAUUUUAGUUCUAAUCAGCAUAAAAUUCUAACCCAACUUUUUAAAAAAAAAAAAUUAUUGUUCCCCAGUGUAAUCAAUCUGCCAUCUCGGAGGACACACAACCGAAAACCAGAAAAUAUUUAUUGUUGAGAAGCUGACAUUUUGUACAAUUAGAAAUAAAAAAAAGGAUCUUAAUGAUGAA